GCUCGCUCUCUGCAGGAUUGGCAAGUCGAGGACAUCAUGCUCCUGGCGACGGUUGACGGAAAACUACACGCACGUGAUCGAAGGAGCGGCGCCCCGAGGUGGACGCUCGAGACCGAUCGGGAGAUGGUGGAAAUCACCAAUCACCAGAAUAAAACAGACGAGGAGGCUCGAGAGGAUCCCAUCUUCAUUGUAGAGCCGAGCCAGGACGGUGAUAUUUAUAUCCUAGUUCCCGGCUUCGGACUGCAAAAAUUGGGCUAUACCGUGAAGCAGCUCGCUGAGUUGGCUCCGUAUGCGUCGCAAGGAUAUCCCGCUGUGGCAUACACGGCCGAGAAGAAGAAUACGCUGUACACGGUUGAUGCGGCCACAGGCAUCAUUAUGAAAUCUUUCAGCUCGGCUGGGUCCAUUGUUAACGAGGAUCGCAGUUGCAGGCGAGUCAGCCCUUUCGACCAACUCGAUGAGAAAGAAUGUGAUCCCAUCGGCACUCUGACCAUCGGUCGGACCGAAUAUACCAUUGGAAUUCAGGAUCGUAAUACUGGUGAGCCAAUCAACACCAUCCGCUAUUUCGAAUGGGGACCCAAUAAUCACGAUGUCGAUCUCCGCAACGCGUACACUACGACGAUGGAUCACAAAUAUGUUUAUUCCAAGUUCGACGGGACCGUCUUCGGUCUGGACCUGGCGGAGCAUACCAGGCGUUCCGCCUCGCCGGCUGGCAAAGCUCUCUAUCGACACAAGUUUCCUUCGCCGGUAGUCCGCGUGUUUGACCUGGUCCGCGAGAACGGCGAGGCGUCAGAGGAUGCAUCCCUAGUGGUCCUUCCUCAACCCAAAGGACAGUCGUUGGAGCUCGAUGGGCUCGACGACGAUAUUUUCGAGAACGUAUUUGUGAAUUGUACUGAAAGCGGUAGCUGGUAUGCCCUUUCGGAGGUCACUUACCCUAUGGUCACGGCUGGUGCGGCCGAUGCAAAAUACACCGGCGGCGAUCUUUUGCCUGCCAUUGAUCUCCACCGAGAUCUCUUCACGGGUGUCCACCACUUGUCUCCUCAGGCCCAUGUUGACGUGGCCCCUCCGCUCAUUGAUGGCUCGCAAGUACGAACCAUUGAAUCACCUCCUCAUGAUAGGGAGGAGCAUCUCAUUGAUGUCAUCUCCCACGCAAAACGUGUCGGUGAAAAUUCGACCAGUUUCCGCACAAUCUCUGCUAUGAUGAUCGUGACCUUGCUCGCUUUUGGAUUUCUUUACAAGCAGUUCGAGGCAAAGACUCGCAAGGGAAAGACAACUCUGCCAGAUGUUGUUGUGCCAACUACGGAGGUUGUACCUCCUGCCAAGGAAGCCGAGCCGACCAUGGUCCGCGAAGCCGAGCCCGCCGUGGAGACUGUAUUCGAACAAAAGGCUGUACCGCCCUCACCACCUCCUGCUGCUGCGGCACAGUCCGUUCGCUUCGCCGAGAGCACCAAGGAAGUUGCCGGAGAGGGAGAAAAGGACGGCGAGUCUGACGAAGAACCUAAGGAUGGUGCAGAACCCAAAAAGCGUAAGGCUACCCGUGGCAAGAGAGGCGGACGUAAGCAGAAAGAGAAGCAGCAAGCUCAAGCUGAAGCCCGCGCGAAACGCGCAAACACCAACGAAGGUCUUCCGUCCACAGAGAUCAUCAGCGUGUCCGCGUCGGAGCACCCCGAGACUUUAUCUGGACCUCUACAGAUUAACAGUCUCGUCAUCAACACCGACAAGGUUAUCGGACAAGGUGGAUGUGGCACCAUGGUAUUCGAAGGCUCGUGGGAGGGCAAGGCAGUCGCCGUGAAACGCAUGUUAUCGCAAUACUAUGAAUUGGCGUCCCAGGAGGUCCACUUUUUGCAGCAAAGCUACCAUGCCAAUGUCGUUCGCUAUUUCUGCCAACAGAAAGACAACCACUUUUUGUACAUUGCCGUCGAGCUCUGCCAAGCAAGUCUCUUCGAGGUGUGGGAGGCCGACAAGGCUCGUACUGAGGAGCGACAAACACAACUCCGCGGACUGAAACUCGCCAUCCAGCAGGACAUGAGUAGUGCUCUGCACCAGCUGGCCGCGGGACUGUACCAUUUGCACACCUUGCGCAUCAUCCAUCGCGAUAUCAAGCCUCAGAAUAUCCUCGUCGCAUAUCCCAUCCCACCCGCUCGCACCGGUACUCGCCUCGUCAUUUCCGACUUCGGCCUCGGCAAGAAUCUCCCUGAGAACGUCAGCACCCUCGUCGACCCAACCGGUAACGCCGGUACCUCAGGCUGGAAAGCUCCCGAACUCAUCUCCCAGCCCAAGGAAGACGCCAAAGUUAGCAACACCUCUCACCCGGGCACGCCCUCCUCCGAACCCGGCACCGGCGGCACCACCACCGGCGUCAAACGCGCUGCAGACAUCUUCUCCCUCGGCUGCCUCUUCUUCUGGGCGUUGACCGACGGGAUCCACCCGUUUGAAGACGAAAACGGUUUCAUGCAAAUGCGCGAAGUCAACAUCAAACGCGGCAAGAAAACCCUCGACGCCCUCGCCCAAUGGUCCGACGCCUACGAGCCCAUGCAUCUCAUCUCCGCCAUGCUCGCCCACCAUCCCGAGGACCGUCCCACCGCCUUACACGUUCUGCACCACCCGUACUUCUGGCCCGCGGACCGGCGGCUCGACUUCCUCUGCGACUGCAGCGACCACUUCGAGCGCGAACCCCGCGGCACCCACGAGGACGGCUACGUCGGCGACAGCGAGCACCUGCAACUCCUCGAACGCCGCGCCGCCAGCGUCAUCCUCCCCUCCCCGACCGCCACCGGCCCCUCCUCCCACGCAGCAACGACCAACCCCGAUUUCCUCUCCCGCCUCGACAGACCCUUCGUCGAAACCCUCGGCAAACAACGCAAAUAUUCGGGGAACCGCCUCCUCGACCUCCUCCGCGCGCUCCGCAACAAGAAAAACCACUACGAGGAUAUGCCCGAGGACGUCCAACGGCGGGUGGGACCCCUCGCCUCGGGAGGUUAUCUGAAUUACUGGAUGAGGAAGUUUCCGCGACUGCUCAUGGAGUGCUAUGAAGUCGUCCGGGAGGCGGAACUCGAGGGCAGCGAUCGAUUCAGAAGAUAUUUCGAG